AUGCGCAAAUUGAUAAAGACGGGAGUUCAGCCGUCUCUUCGAUGCUGCUACCCACUUUGUGGGCGGAAAAGUUAUGCUGCUAGCGUUCAAAGUACCAGAAGAUAUCUUCAUUAUGGGCAACCUACCACCCCUGUGCGGAUGAAUAGACAAGAAUAUAGUCUAUUGAAGAUCCCUCACCAACAAAGAAGGGCCUAUACUUUCGAUGUAUCCCAAUUGCCGCUCACUCAAGACGAUAUAACAAUUUCCAACUGCUCUGAGCUUCCUGAUCGAGUAUAUCCGCGCUAUGAGUCAGUAUCAAAUUCAAAGCUAAAGCGGUUGAUCUGGCCAACAAUCUCAUCAACAUGCCCAUCGAAUUCCGGCCCAGUGGGGGGAUUAGGAUUAGCAACAUCGUCGUUGCGAAAUGUGUUUGUGAUGAAGAAGCCGUACAAUCAUGAGGUCACUGUGGCGAUGAACAAGUUUAUCAAACACUUGGCCACAACCUAUCCGCAUUUAAACAUCAUAUUGACAGAGAAAGUUGUGGAAGAGAUCUUGGACAACAAGAUACAAAAAUCCCAAAAUGAUUCGAGAGGCGCAACAGAGAAAAAACCCAUUACCUUGUUUACGGGCAGCUUUGAUGAAAUUGUUGAUAAAGCUGAUCUACUAGUCACGUUGGGUGGGGACGGAACGAUCCUUAAGAGUACUUCUUUAUUUGCCGGGAACUUGGUUCCACCGGUUCUUUCGUUUUCUCUAGGAACUCUUGGGUUUCUCUUACCAUACGAUUUCAGUAAUUUUAAGGAUGCAUUCGCAAAAGUAUAUCUGUCCAAUGCCAAGGUUCUUCAAAGAUCAAGACUUGAAUGUCAUAUAUUGAAGAAACCACAGGGAUCAAACACUGGUAAAGGUACUAUUGCGCCAGAUCCAAGCGAAACUAUUACCUAUAGCAAAAUGGAUGAUGGAACAUGCACUGCAAAAGUCCAUGCUAUGAAUGAUAUCAUUCUUCAUCGUGGUUCAACUCCGCAUUUAGCGACCCUAGAUGUCUAUGUUGACGGACAGUUCCUCACUCGUGCCACCGGUGAUGGGCUAGUUAUUUCUAGUCCAACGGGUUCUACAGCAUACUCUUUAUCUGCCGGAGGCUCUAUUGUUCAUCCAUUAGUGAAGUGUAUUUUAUUGACUCCAAUUUGUCCCCGUAGUCUCAGUUUUAGGCCAUUGAUCGUCCCUUCAACUUCACAUAUAAAGAUUAAGAUCCAGAGACGGAACAACAAGUUUAAGGACCCAUGUUCUAAGAACGGCAAAAACCCAGUGGAUGAAAAACAAAAAGCGGCGGAAAGCGCUGCGGUUUUGGCAAAUCAAGUGAGUUUUGCCAGACUUUCAAUCGAUGGCUCUUCCCAUGUCCUGAACCUUGCUAUAGAUGACGAGAUCCACAUUGUGAAUGAAAUUGGGACAAUUUUCAUUCCCGGCAGUAAUAUGCCAGAUUACAUUAUCAGUGGUGCAAAGGGAGGACUGACGAAUAUGGAAAAACAAAUUUUAAGAAAACUACAGGGCGGAACUGCGUAUGGUGGUAUCACUAGCGGAACCAUCAUUGAAAAUGAACAUAAAGGAAUCCACUGUGUGGCCCGUAGUGAAAAUGAUUGGACUAGUGGUAUUAAUGAAUUACUAGGCUUUAACUCGCGAUUCAAAGAGACUAGAGAAAGAGUUAACUUGGAUUUGGAAGAUGAUGAUCUAUAG